UGAAACUCCGUGGUGGAGUUAUAACAAUCGUCUAUUGUGGCAUUUUUGUUUCGUCUCGCCUUGAAAUCAUGAGCAGGAUAUUCUAAAGGAAACUUUAUAAUUCAUCUGAAGAGCGGCAGAGCUGUUUGGCUUUUAUUAAAGUAACACUCUGAUAAGAACAUCUCUCAAAAUAUGGAGUUUACCUCUCUGCUCACUGACUACAGGAUGACCACCAGAGAGCGCUGGAGGGUCUACAAGCGCGUCAGCCUGAUGUUCCUGCUGGCCGUGGUCACCCUGACCGUAGUCCACCGCGGAAACCUCACAUCCCUGCAGGACUUCCAAACCGACCACAUCGAGAGACAAACUCGCAUGGAGCUCACGGCGGACAGCGAGGUGCAGAAAAAGGCGACUGUCAACUUCUGGAAGACCAUCCAAAGGCUGCAGUCCACCACGCAAGGUUCCAGGAUAACCCUAAAACAGGCUCCGUCAACAUGGGAUGUGGACAGCUCCAACUGCAGCAUCAACCUCAACUUCUCCAGCCAAGAGUGGUUCACGGGACUGGAGGACAACUUCAAGCAAUUCCUCCUCUACAGGCAUUGCAGAUACUUCCCGAUGCUCAUCAACCACCCGGAGAAGUGCUCUGGAGAAAUCGACCUCUUGAUAGUCAUCAAAUCCGUAAUUACGCAGUUCGACCGUAGGGAAGUGAUUCGGAAAACUUGGGGCAAAGAGCAAGUCCUCAAUGGAAAACGAAUCAAGACUCUCUUCCUCCUAGGAAAAUCCUCCAAUCUCGAAGAGCGCGCCAAUCACCAGAAGCUCCUGGAGUAUGAGGAUUACAUCUACGGGGAUAUCCUGCAGUGGGACUUCAUGGACAGCUUCUUCAACCUCACGCUCAAGGAGAUCCACUUCCUCAAAUGGUUCUCCAGCUACUGCCCGAAAACACAAUACAUCUUUAAAGGCGACGAUGAUGUGUUUGUAAGCGUUCCCAAUAUCUUCGAGUACCUUGAGAUCAGCGGAAACUUGAAGGAUCUCUUCGUUGGGGAUGUCCUAUUCAAAGCCAAGCCCAUUCGUAAGAAGCAGAACAAGUACUACAUCCCGCAGGCGUUGUAUAACAAGACUUUAUAUCCACCCUACGCUGGAGGCGGAGGCUUCCUGAUGGACGGCGCUCUUGCAAGGAAACUCUACGGAGCUUGUGAAACCCUGGAGCUUUACCCCAUUGACGACGUGUUUUUGGGGAUGUGUUUGGAGGUGCUGCAGGUCACGCCGAUCAAACAUAACGCGUUCAAAACCUUCGGGCUGGUGAAGAAUAAAACCAGCCGGCUGAACAGAGAGCCGUGCUUCUUCAAGAGUCUGAUCGUGGUGCAUAAACUGCUCCCGCCGGACCUGAUGAGCAUGUGGAAACUGGUCAACAGUGACUUGAUCUGCUCGCAGAAAAUCGACUUCUUAGACUGAAUCUGAAGGAGAAGCCGAGAACUUUGAGGUCGCUCGAAGACAACGUACUCCUUUUUUGGGGAGACUUUAUUUAAAUUUUAUUUAUGUACCAAAGUGACAGAAGUGUGAGGGGUUUCGUAGGAACUUUUGGCCAACAUUUAUACACUGAAACAAAUGAUUUAUUUGAUUUACUAGGUAUUUUUUUAAGGUUAAGUGGUUACAAAGUAUUUACCGAGGUCAACAUUGCAAGUGGUUCAUCACCUUUCAACAAACUUGUCCUAAAACUAUUGAACAGCACCCACCCUUGUUCAAGGACAAUUUUGAAAAGCAUUUUUAAUUAACUUUAGAUGUUGACUACUGCAUACGGGCUGAUUUAAACUAAUUAAGCUGAACAUUACUGCAUUUACUUUACGUUCAGCCCAUAUAAGUUGUUUGCAACCGCUUUAACCUUAGAAAUGUUAAGUGAAUCCAAUCAAUCAUCUUUUUCAGUGAUAGGCUGCAAAACAAAAACAUCACCCCCCCCAAAAAAAUAACUAAUAAUUUGCUCAGCCUAAUGUUUUUUUCUUCUUUUAGAAAAACUGGUUUGACAAUCUUCUUUGGAAGUAUGUAAAGGGAAAGUUCACCAAUGUAAAAUUUACAUUUUCCACUUAUUUCCUCUCCCUAAAGGGGUUUUAAGCCUUUAAGAGUUUCUUUCGUAUUAUUUUUUUGUCGCUUGUUCAAACUACUUUUGUUCUAAAGCAACACAAUUCUUGACAUUUUGUUGAGACAACUUGAUUGUUUUAUGUUCAAUCCAUUUAAAUAUGUUAAAACUAGUAAGUUAACUUAAAUCUUUCAUGUUGUCCCAA